AUGCAGCAAGAUCAGUGGGCCCUUGCAUUGAAACGUCCAAUGGGUAAGGAGUCGCGCGUCGCGCUUCAUUCUGCAAACCGCGAUUAUAAUGCCGCCGUGCAGGCUCUCAACGGCCUCCAAAGCAAUUACGCAAUCGUAGAAGCCAUUCGCAAAGCCGGUCCAGGAUCAAACAAGCAGGCCAUUCCGGAGAUGAUCGCGUGGAUACGAAGGGUUGGAUAUGAGCCCUCAGAUUUUGAUAUUCUAAAUCCAAUUCACGUCGCUGGCACAAAGGGCAAAGGCUCAACUUCAGCAUUCAUCUCGUCUAUAUUAACACAGUAUCUGCCAAGCAAGCUAAGCAUCCAUGCGGAACGUUUGCCUUCGCCGGUGGGUCUUUACACAUCGCCCCAUCUGCGAUCGGUUCGUGAGAGAAUCAAAAUCGACGACCAGCCCAUCUCCGAGGAGCUCUUUGCAAAAUGCUUCUGGCACGUUUGGGACCGUUUCGAAGCUACUAGAUCUGUCGAUGCCGAUUCACAGGCUCGAGCCGUGCGAGACAAGCCAGUCUACUUUCAUUUUUUGACCAUCAUGGCACUACAUUGUUACAUGCAAGCGAAGGUUGGCACAGCAGUAAUCGAAUGUGGUAUCGGCGGCGAGUACGACACCACUAAUGUCCUGAUCAGUCCUUCGGUGACAGCCGUUACAAGUUUGGGCAUCGAUCACAUAGCUUUACUCGGCAACACCAUUGAGGAAAUUGCAUGGCACAAAGCUGGAAUCUUCAAGAAGGACGUACCGGCCUUUACUAUCCAACAGCCUGAAGCCGCAAUAGCAGUCUUACGAGAGCGCGCCGCCGAACGGAAAACGAAAUUGCACAUCGUUCCUCCUCAUGCGGAUUUGCCCGACAUCACCUUAGGAUUGCAAGGUCAUUUCCAAACUCAUAAUGCGUCGCUUGCCAUCGCAGUAGCUGCCUCACAUUUGCAGCGGCUCGGCUUUACUGAUGUUCCGGACCCCUUCGACGCGACGGCUAAGCUGCCAAAUAAGUUUGUCACAGGCUUAGAGUCGACUCGCCUUGGUGGGCGAUGCGAUCUUCGCCAAGACACUAUACUCGCAGGUCUUCGCUGGUAUAUUGAUGGUGCUCACACCAUGGAAAGCAUUGAUGUUGUCGGGCAGUGGUUCUCAAGUCAGGCUUCGCAUCCCGAGCGAUCAGAGUCUAAACGAGUGAUCAUCUUCAAUCAGCAAAGUCGUGACGCCUCGGCGCUGGCGACCGCGCUUUUCCGUACAUUGGCAUCGGCUACCAACAACGUGCAUCCCUUCUCGCAUGCCAUAUUCUGCCGGAACAUUACCUAUCAAGAUGCUGGCUAUAAACCUGACCUGGUGUCGAUGAACACCAACGCCGAAGACAUUGAUACUCUCCGGGUGCAAAAUGAGCUUGCAGUCACCUGGCAGAAGUUAGACCCUCAAUCUGAAGUCCAUGUUUUAAGCACAAUCGAGGAAUCGAUUGCGCUGGCAAGACAAGUAGCUGGGGAUGGGACGACAGAGGUACUCGUUACCGGCAGUCUGCAUUUGGUCGGCGGCUGUAUCGAGAUACUUGAAGCCGAGACAGAAACACCAAGAAUAUAGGCAAGUCAGAAAGUGCCCGACGAAAACCAUUUCGGCCAUGCUUCCGAGCAGGUCUCAAACACUAGAAAGCUGUCACGGGCUUUAAUCAAAUUUUGGCAUGUCAUCUUAGCGAAUUCAUGCUCAGUGUGAGUAGUCGUUCUAUCGCACGUAUAAGACUUGUGGUAAAGAGUG